AUGUUCAAAAAGGCUGUCGACACCCACCACGCAUCCUCCAGACCCGCAAAGCCAGCCCUUUCCCAACAAUUGUUCCCGGGCGCUACACCAGCACAACAGACCGCAAAGCUCUCCCAAGCUACAAUCAAGCCGAACGACUCGCGACCACUCGCAGCAACAACUGGCAAUACGAGCAGAACAAGUACAACCACCCACACAAGCGGAGGCUCCCGUCCGGUACAUAACGGUGCAGGAGGUUUAAAACCAACUUCGGGCGGCCUGAUAAAGGCAUUGGAUCCACAGAGGGCAUUCGGCGACGAGGAUUUGCCCAAGACUGGAUCACAGCAUAACCCGUACAUCAUCGACGAUACCACAACGGCGAAGAAGUCGACCGCGCCCGCCAUGGACGCUGUGUACUUUGACGAAAAUGACUUCGAUGACGAUAUCGACCUCGAUGUCGAAGACCCUUCCACGAAGAGCACCGUCACCUACCCCGCUCCGGUGUCCAACAAUGCAGCACCACCGAAGCCUGCAUCGCUCCCCAAACCUCAACCGCUGCCUCAUGCAAACGACUACAAGCCGCGCUUUCAAGGGCUGGAUCGAUUUCAACGUUCUGACUCUGGCUAUCAUUCGCAGAGCAUUCAAGUCAAGAACCACGUAGAAGCUGAGCCCGGCCCAGACGCGACUCAAGAGAUUCCGUGGUCCUCAUCUCCGAUAGAGCACACUCAAGCGCAGCCUCAGGCCACGGCGCUGAAAAGGUUCCUCUACUCCGGCCCGGAAGAUCCGGAGGAUAGACCCAAACCGGCGAAGAAGCGAACGCUGCCUUGGCCCGAGGAAGAAAAGAAACAUGGGGAGUCAAUUGCAACGAAUGAGAGCUCGAGACCCCAGCCAAAGGACAGCAAGUUACUGUGGAAUACUUCAUUGACCGCGAUGAAGCAGAUGCAGAAGAACCACCGUGAGCGCGACGUGAACAAAAAGAUGACAAAGACGUCUUCAACCGGCGCGAGCGGGUUGAUUGCGGAUUCCAUACGCACCAAGAAAGGCAAACUAUCAAGGGUCUUCCUUAGCGAGGAGCAGACGCACGUCUUGAACCUUGUCGUGAACGAGGGCAAGAGCGUCUUCUUUACCGGUUCGGCGGGUACCGGUAAAUCCGUACUUCUCCGGGAAAUCAUCGCGGCGCUCAAGAAAAAGUACAUUCGGGAGUCGGAGCGCGUCGCUGUCACAGCAUCCACUGGUCUGGCCGCCUGCAACAUCGGCGGUGUGACGCUGCACAGCUUUUCUGGAAUUGGUCUCGGCAACGCGCCGGUGGAGGAGCUCGUCAAGAAAAUUAAGCGCAAUCAAAAACACAAGCAUCGGUGGAUGAGGGUCAAGGUCUUGAUCGUUGAUGAGGUGUCCAUGAUUGACGGUGAUCUCUUCGACAAGCUGGAGGCCAUUGCGCGGAACUUGCGUAACAAUGGUCGUCCUUUUGGAGGUAUCCAGGUGAUCAUCACUGGAGACUUUUUCCAACUUCCGCCCGUUCCGGAGAAGAACAAGGUGGCCAAGUUUGCGUUUGAUGCCAACACGUGGAACACGGUGAUUGAGCACACGAUCGGGUUGACACACAUUUUCCGUCAGAAGGACCCCGUGUUUGCUGGAAUGCUGAACGAGAUGAGAGAAGGCCGUCUUUCCCCAAGUUCCAUCGAGGCAUUCAAACAGCUGAACAGGCCCCUUGAGUCGGAAAGCGGCUUGGAGGCAACCGAGCUCUUCCCACUUCGCCAACAGGUUGAGGAAGCAAACCGGAGACGCAUGACGGUUCUCCAUGGAGACGUGCGAACGUACGAAGCCAAGGACGGCGGAACGAUUCAGGACAAGACGCAGCGCGACAGGAUACUGGCCAACUGCAUGGCCCCCGAGGCGAUCCAGCUAAAGAAGGGCGCUCAAGUGAUGCUCAUCAAGAACAUGGACGAGACGCUCGUGAACGGCUCGCUCGGCCGCGUCAUCGGCUUCAUGAACGAAGCCAUGUUCGACAGCUACCAGCAGAACGAAGAGCAAUACCUCGGCAUCUCGUCGGCGAACAACCCGGACGACCCGGAAGAGCGCAUGCUGCUCGAACAGCGCCGGCGCGCGAAGAUCACCGACAUGCUCAAUGCCAGCUCGCAGCUGUACCCGGUCGUGCGCUUCACGCUGCCCGACGGCACGAUGCGCGACCUGCUCUGCCAGCGCGAGUCGUGGAAGAACGAACUGCCCAACGGCGAGGUGGUGGCCAGCCGGUCGCAGGUGCCGCUCAUCCUGGCGUGGGCGCUGAGCAUCCACAAGGCGCAGGGGCAGACGCUGGAGCGCGUCAAGGUCGAUCUGGGCCGCGUGUUCGAGAAGGGCCAGGCGUAUGUGGCGCUGUCGCGCGCGACCAACAUGGCCGGCCUGCAGGUGAUGAAUUUCGAUCCCAAGAAGGUGAAUGCGCAUGAGCGGGUGCGCUCGUUCUACACCAGCUUGAGCAAUGUCCAGGCCAUGGCGGAGACGAAGAAGAAGAGCAAGAAGCGGGGUGUGACGGGUGGAGAGUAUGAGAGGAGUGUCGUGGAGGAUGAUUGGGCGGAUGACGGAGGAGAGUACGCGUAUGGAUCGUGA